ACCGGCGGGCCUAACUGUGCUCCACCCUGGGAAGGGCCUAUAAAAAUGGUGCAGCCACUGAAGAAGGUCAAGAUUGUCAAGAAGCGCACUAAGCACUUCGACCGGCACCAAAGCGACCGGAAGGACUCGAUCAAGUCCUCAUGGCGCAAGCCCAAGGGUAUUGAUAACCGCGUGCGCCGCAGGUUCAAGGGCGCCCUGCCGAUGCCCAACAUCGGCUACGGCUCCAACAAGAAGACCCGGCACAUGCUGCCCAACGGCUUCCUGAAGUACACCGUCAACAACGUGCAGGACCUGGAGCUGCUCAUGAUGCACAACAGGCGCUUCUGCGCCGAGAUUGCGCACAACGUGGCCGUGCUCAAGCGCAAGGCCAUUGUCGAGCGCGCUGCCCAGCUGAACAUCCGCGUCAUCAACGGCAGCGCCCGCCUGCGCAGCCAGGAGGACGAGUAAGCGGCUGUUGCUGCUGCUAGCUGGCUGGCUGGCUGGCAGCACGCUGGCGGGGAUGUGGCUGAGCUGCGGCAACUGCGGGCUAGGGCCGCAGCGGCAGCAGCGGAGGCAGCAUCCUUGCUGGCGAGUGUAACUGUUUCGUCGGGAUAGCUUUUUCUCCUUUGGCCCGAGAUGUACUUUGCGUGUAAAGCACUGUGGGAUGAAACCCCACGGAAAGGGCUUGGCAAGGGAUGCUGCCUACGUGCUAGUUGGCGGCUGGGGUAAAAGGAGGGAAUGGAGUCAGCUUCACACUUGCGGCAUGCUUGCGACUGAUAAACGUAUGGGAACCCUCUCCUGAAACAUGGCGAGCUGGCGAUUCCGCAAGCUGGAGGAUUGGGGUUACAAAAUAUUAAACCGCACAUAUCAUAAUUAACGUCUAAGUCACAAGCUUGCUUGCUUGCAAGCAUACGUUCCAAGCAUGACAGCUACAUACGACCUCGAGGUGCAGCUGUUCUUACAACACCCCGGGAUGCCCUUCCCUAACCUCAACUCGUCUACCUGGGAAAUAGUGGAAAUACCCCUCUCUGCCACAACAAAAGCCGCAAUCAUUGUAAAGUUAACUCGUAC